CCUGAAGCUCUCUUGUGCUGAAGUCGCAGCCCCUCUAGGUCCUCGUGGUGAUUGAACUAAAAUCUCUUCUCCAGGAGGUGACAGCCUUGGCCAAAGCAGGUACCUUCACAUCAGCAGGAGUAGCCACCUCUGGUCAUCCUAGAGAAGAGAGUCGGGAUCUGCUAGGAGUCAAGACCAGUUUGGUCCAUUGCCCUUCUCCUGCCCACAUUCUCGCCAGCUAUCUCCAACACAAGUCAUGAUGCCUCACAGCCAGAAGCAUCAGCACUACAAGCUUCAGGAUGGAAGAAAGGCACAGGGCCUGGUGCCUGGGCAGGUUCCUGCAACUGCAGAGGCGGAUACCACAGCUGCCUCCUCCUCUACUCUGACACCAGGCACCCCGGAAGACUUACCCACUGCCAGAGCAUCACGUCUUCCCCAGAGUCUUCAGAAAGCUUGCUCUUCUACUGCCAUCAAGGCUACUCCACCAAACAAGUCAAAGAAAGAUUCCAGAAGCCAAAAAGGGAAGAAUCCGAGCACCUCAAAGGCCUGUCCGUACCCUGAGUUCUUGCUCACUAAUAUGCUAGAGAAGAAGGUGAUUGCUCUGGUGAAGUUCCUGAGUGUCAAGUAUGCAACUAAAGAGCCUGUCACUGAAGCAGAUAUGCUGGAGAAUGUCAUCAAAGAGAACAAGGACGCUAUGCCUGUGAUCUUCAGGAACGCCUGUGAAUGGAUGAAAGUGAUCUUCGGCAUUGAUGUGAAAGAAGUUGACCCCACUAGCCACACUUACGUACUGGUCAAAGCGCUAGACCUCACCUAUGAUGGGAGGCUGAGUGAUGACCAGGGCAUACCUAAGACUGGCCUGCUGAUACUUGUCCUGGGCAUGAUCUUCAUGGAGGGCAACUGUGCCCCUGAGGAGAAGAUCUGGGAGAUGCUGCGGAAGAUUGGGGUGUAUCCUGACAAGAAAGAUUUCAUCUAUGGGUAUCCCAGGAAGCUCCUCACCACGGAGUUCGUACAGGAACGGUACCUAGAGUACAGGCAGGUGCCCAACAGUGACCCUGCUCGCUAUGAGUUCCUAUGGGGUCCAAGAGCCCAUGCUGAAACCACCAAGUUGAAAAUCCUGGAGUUCUUCUCCACAGUCAUUGGAAGUAACCCCUCGGAUUUUUCAUCCUUGUAUAUGGAAGCUUUGAGAGAUGAAGAAGAGAAAGCCCAGCGUGUAGCUGCUCCUGGGGGUAGUACUGCUGACACGGCCAGUACACAGGCCAGCUCCAAGCCCAGCAGCUUCUCCUGCCCUCAGUAAAGUCUGAGACCGAUUCCUUGCUCUGUGCUGGAAAAGGGCAGUCGAGGUUGGAAGUAGUGAGGAAAUUUCAGGUCACUUGUUUUAACCUGAAAAUUUAUUUUUACAAGGUUUAUUAGUUUCAGAAUUUAGAGUCGUUAAUUACAUUGGUUACACAUUUAUUAUUGUUUAUCAGGGUUAAGAAGAAGAGGUUUGCUGUUUUGAAAAAUAAGUGGAGAAACUUCCUAUCUUCUUUUGUGAUCUAGAGCAAGAUAAAACGGUCUUGGCACAAAUUUCCUUAGAAAUGUUAAAGAACCCAGUAAUAGAUAAGAUCAAUAAAUGCAGGGAAAAUGUAAAACAUGAUUAAUCUUAGGAUUUCUGUAUCCCUUAUAGUCUGGCAUUUUGUAAAAUUAAAGAUA